AUGUUCUCGCUGUCUCCUGUGGAAAACAAGCGUCAGCGAAAAACGUCUCGGCGCUGGGAGAUCAGAGACAUGGCGAGGCCUGCCUAUUCUGCUCUCUGCGUGCCGAAGGAUACGAAGCGGAUAUCCAAAAUCCAACCUCACUCAGAUUCGUCCCUUUCCAGAGAACAUGCACUAGCCAUGACCGGACCCUCGGCACUGUACCAGAAUGGAAAGAGGCCACUCAAAGCGUUGGCUCUCCUAACAUCUCAGACGUCCAAUGACACAGCGGACCUCAAGCUUCAAGCGUCUCGUCUCGGACCCUUUCCCGCUGUCGGAAGGUCUAACGACGCGAGGGACGCGCCUUGGGGUGCUCCUCCCCGUGGGACUCAUUCCGCCGAGUAUAACGUUGUAUACGACAGGGUUGAAGAGCAGCCAGACGCCCUCGGUCUCAGCAACAGGCAGCCUGUUGGCGCGCCGCGCGUCGUGAAUACAGGCAAGACGAUUCUCAGAUACUACGACCCUGAGCACGAGUCGGCUACCCAGGAAGAGAUAAUUGCGACAAUGGCAUUUGGAGAAAUUCAGUGUGUUGCAUUGUAUCCAGCUGGGGAAGGGCCCGCUACUUUUUGGGCAGUGUCUGGGUUGGCCUAUGCCACACCAGCAUUGAUUUACGAUGUGUGUAAUCUGCUUGGAAAAGCAGGAGUAGUUGUGCAUAAUUCCAUCAAUACGUACGAUGAUACACGUUGUCCACAGGGACCCGCAGGGAUCCACCACGUCGGCAUGAUCACGUCGAGACCUAGUUGUGUCGCAAAGCGCGUGCCUACACCUCUGCCCACGAGCGCCAUGUCCAGGGACCGGGAUUGGUUCCAGCGUCUGAAGUCGGAUACCGGCAUGGGAGAAAUUAGAACUCCGAUUAUUUAUGAGGCACGCAUACAGCGCUCUCUGGCCGUCGGUACCCUUUAUGGUCUUCCACGUUACGGGCCUGCGGACUUCAUCACCCUGACACAAUACUGUUGA